AGUGUAGUUUAGUAUCAUAUCUAUAUAUUGCUGUUAGUGAAAACUUGUUCAACAGUUUGAAAGAAGGAACUAGCAUAAUGAGAUUGUCAUUCGUUUUAGCAUUCUGCAGUUUCGCUGGAAUCAGCGGCUUUGUCUACGACGCCGACGUUCAAGGCUUGGAGUAUGAAAGUUUGCGACAAUGUAUGAAUAACUUCACGACUUCAAAUAACCAAGAAUUUACGAACUGUAUGGCGAAGACAAACAUGCCGGAGCCGAACCUUUGUAGUGUUACCUUAAAUGGCUUCCAGUGUAACCUGGAUUUCAUCAUGAAGACAUGCCCUUCAAGUGCCGACUUCUACAAGAAAUAUAACUAUUAUACUGUGAGAGCAUGUAAUUCCACAUUUCAAAUCCCGGGACACUCUUUACCAAUAGUCGCCUCUUCGGGUAACAAUACAGAAAUGUCCAGCUUUGCGUUCGGUUUCGUUGCAGUUGCCUCCCUUGUGGAAAUAUUUUGAUAUAUUUAAAUGAUGUUUCAAUAUUCAUACAGCCGCUUUUAAUGUCACUUUUGAAGAAAAAUGUUUCUCUGUAUACUACAUCAAGAUGUAUUGAUCUAAUGAUUUGAAAAGUGCUCACUUAAAUACAGAAUGACCUUAUUGUUAUAUAUAAUUUAAAUUCUA